AUGAGAGAGCCACUGGAAUCGCUAAUUGAACAGUAUUGCACCACUAGAGGGUACCGCUAUGUGUAUGGAACCGCUGGUUUUCGGGAUGACUCUGAGAAGCUCGAUACUGUGAUGUUCGCUACUGGUAUAGUGGCUUGUUUAAGGUCGCAGGUGCUGAAUGGGAAGCCUGUCGGAGUUAUGAUCACUGCUUCGCAUAAUCCUUCUGGGGACAAUGGUGUGAAAGUGGUGGAACCUGAUGGAUCGAUGUUGAUUCAGUCCUGGGAGUCUACGGCUACUGAGCUGGCUAAUUUGCUGGCGAAUAGGCCUUUGGAGGAUAUUAAGGCCAAGGUAGGACAAUUGACUAGCGGUGAGAGUAGUGUGAGGCCUCAAUUGAUAGUUGGACGGGAUUCUCGUGUCUCGGGGCCGCAUUUGUUGUCCUGUCUGGUGGCUAGUGCUACUUCUUUGUUCGAUGCCAAAAUUACUGAUUAUGGGCUUUUGACUACACCGCAAUUGCACUUUCUCACGAAUGAAACGAUGAUUACUGGGGCCCACGUCGAUGAGCAAGCUUAUUUUGCUCAUUUCUUGGGCGCCUGGGACCAGAUCGCUGCGUUACAACCCGUUAAGUUGCCUAAUGUAGUGGUUGACUGCGCUAAUGGUAUUGGGGGGCCUAAGAUGUCCGCAUUACUGACUCAAUGGGGGUUUGCCAAGCAGUGCAGUGUGAUUAACGACAAGUGCGACGAGCCAGAGUUGCUAAAUCAUGGUUGUGGUGCUGAUUUCGUCAAGACAUCUCAACGUCUGCCUAAUGGUGUUAAGCCAAACGCGAACGAUUUGUAUUGCUCCUUCGAUGGUGACGCCGAUCGAGUCGUCUUCUAUUAUUUGGACCAGAACCUUGGGUUUCAUCUUCUGGAUGGUGAUAAGAUCUCUACGCUGUUUGCGUAUUUCGUCGCUAAGUUGUUGAAGCAGUGCAAAUUGGACUCUAUAUUGUCCAUGGGUGUGGUCCAAACGGCAUAUGCCAACGGUAGUUCAACAAAGUACUUGCAAGAUAACUUACAAGUACCUGUGAGCUGCACCAAAACCGGUGUCAAGCAUUUACACCACGAAGCAGUGAACAACUACGAUAUCGGCAUAUAUUUCGAGGCCAAUGGUCAUGGUACAGUAAUGUUCUCCAAUAAAUUCCACGAAACUGUGACGAACCAUGCAGACCAGACUCCUGAACUCAAGAUUUUGAAAUAUCUAGCCAAGCUGAUCAAUCAGACUGUCGGUGAUGCUAUAUCUGACAUGAUGGCGGUACUCGCGGUGCUCUCCAUCUUGCAAUGGUCGCCCAGCAGAUGGGAUCGUGAAUUUACCGAUUUGCCCAAUAAGCUUACAAAAGUAGUGGUUUCUGAUAGAUCAGCGUUCACUACAACUGAUCAGGAACGUAGAUUAGUUUCACCAGCUGGUCUACAGGACAAGAUCGACGAAGCCGUCGCAAGAAUCAAAUCAGGUAGAUCCUUCGUCAGAGCCAGCGGUACUGAAGAUGCUGUAAGGGUAUAUGCCGAAGCUGCCACGCAGUCCGAAAAGGAUCAAUUGUCAUCGAUCGUCGGCGACUUGGUGCGCGAGUACUGUUGA